GUAAGCGCGGCUGGGCGCGUGGUCACGUGCAGCGUGACUUAGCCCGUCGCGCUAAAAGAUUCACGUCCACCAAGUACUUAACCGAUUCUUCUCCCACUCCAGCUUUCGCGCUUUCUCUUCUUCCCCCUCAAGCCUUUGCCAUUCCCUGUCUUGCUGUCCUUGUGUUGCAUUCAGUUGUUGUUUAGUGAUCACUUUCCCUUCAACACAUCUUCCAAUGGCUACCCAAGUCACCCCUUCGAAGCAGACUGCUUCCUCCUUCGAGAACCUCAAGAUGAGCGAUUCCCCCGUCAAGAAGCUCGACUUCCAGUCCGUCGGCAAGGAGAACGCGCCCGCGUCUUUCAAGUCCGUCGACGCGACCACCACCAAGCCCGUCGAGAAGACCCUCGAGGUUACCAAGGUUGCUCCUAGUAUUAAGGAGGCUGAGGCCAAUGAGCCCCUCCUCCAGGAGAACCCCCACCGCUUCGUCCUCUUCCCCAUCAAGUACCACGAGAUCUGGCAAAUGUACAAGAAGGCCGAGGCCUCUUUCUGGACCGCCGAGGAAAUUGAUCUGUCCAAGGAUCUGCACGACUGGCACAACCGCCUGAACGAUGACGAGCGUUACUUCAUCUCCCACGUUCUGGCCUUCUUCGCCGCUUCCGACGGUAUUGUCAACGAGAACCUGCUGGAGCGCUUCAGCGGUGAGGUUCAGGUCCCCGAGGCCCGCUGCUUCUACGGUUUCCAGAUCAUGAUGGAGAACAUCCACUCCGAGACCUACUCUCUCCUCAUUGAUACCUACAUCAAGGAGCCCAAGCAGCGUACCUACCUCUUCGAUGCCAUUGACACCAUCCCCUGCAUUAAGCGCAAGGCUGAGUGGGCUAUGCGGUGGAUCUCGGACCGUGAGUCCACCUUCGCCCAGCGCCUGGUUGCCUUUGCCGCCGUCGAGGGUAUCUUCUUCUCCGGCUCCUUCGCCUCUAUCUUCUGGCUCAAGAAGCGUGGUCUCAUGCCCGGUCUGACCUUCUCCAACGAGCUGAUCUCCCGUGACGAGGGUCUGCACACUGACUUUGCCUGCCUGCUCUUCUCCCACCUGAACAACCGCCCCAGCAAGCAGGUUGUUGAGGAUGUCAUCAUCGAAGCCGUCGGUAUCGAGCAGGAGUUCCUGACUGAUGCUCUGCCCUGCGCUCUUCUCGGCAUGAACUCCAAGCUGAUGUGCCAGUACAUAGAGUUCGUCGCUGACCGUCUUCUGGUCGCUCUCGGCAACAAGAAGUACUAUAAUGCCACCAACCCCUUCGACUUCAUGGAGUCCAUCUCCCUGGCAGGCAAGACCAACUUCUUCGAGAAGCGUGUCGGUGACUACCAGAAGGCCGGUGUUAUGGCCUCCACCAAGAAGGAAACCACUGCCUCCUCCGAGGGCGAGCAAACCCCCAAGAACAACGGCCUCAGCUUCGAUGAGGACUUCUAGACGUUGUCUCUUGUCAUUAAUAUUCCCCUCUCCUUCCUCACCCACUCCACCUGUCUUGUUUUAUACCCUCAAGUUGUGGGGGUUACCUCACUCUGUUCUCCACAUGAUAUCACGCUGCUUUUCUGUCUGUUUGUUUUCUUUUGCUUUUGAUGGGAUUUCUCCGAAGGCUACGCAUGGAUUAGGCGUUUAUUUUUUUUCCUUGUGUUUUUUACUUCUUGGUCUGUCCUAGACUUCUGACGGUCAUGUCUGAUAUGGGAUGGAUGGCGGAUAUGUGUAUUUAACGUUUGAAUCACUUGUUCAUUGUGUA